AUGAAUGCGAUCCUGGCUAGCAUAUUUUCGCCCCUCAAGGAGUCGGCCAAUUCGCGCAAUGGUCAAGCCCUCGACCGCCUAGAAGGCAUCUCGACGCCGACAAAGAAUCGCGUAGCUCCUAGGCGCGUGACGCGCAAGUCGGUGGCGUUUGACAUGACUCCCAGAGCGCAAGUCAAGCACACCCCGCCUAGGCUAGGAGACACGCUGGCCGCGCGGAAGCUGUCCAACUCGCCGAGGCGCAAAAUGUGGGACAAGAUACUCGAAAGCGAGAGUGUUGUAGGCGGUUCAUUAGAGCAUGUAUCUGGGCCGACUUCGAGAUCAAUGGACUCUUCGAUGCCCACGAACGUAACCUCGGAACCGGCUGGGCCUUCCGAUGAAGGUAUCGACACUACAGCCGCCGGCACGCCCAGCGCAGACAAGGAGUUUGCAUUCAAACGCUUUCUCGAUCACCGCUGGGAUGGCGACUCUAUACAAAUCCGGGUCGAGUGGGAGAACGGACAGCGCACGUGGGAGCCCGAGACCAUGCUGCACGACGACACGCCUCAGGCGCUGCUCGACUACUGGCGAGGGCAGCCGGGCGGACGACCCGACAACCCACGACAGCCUGGUCUUUACGAGAUUCACGCUAUACGCAAGCACAGCCGUGACCGCAAGCGCCUCUUUGUCGAAUGGGUCGGCUUCGGGCCAGAGGAGAAUACAUGGGAGCCACGAGGCACCGUAGAGGAUGCGGCACCCGAAAUAUUGAGCGAUUAUUGGGACAGUCUUCCGCGACCGAAGCGGCGUCGCGCACAGUGA